AUGGCUUCCCAGCAACAGCCGGUAUUACCUGGUUCCAGUGGAGCGGGCACAGGACGCGGAGCCGUCAGAGACCCGAGAGCCAGACCUCAGCGAGCCCAACCCGGGCAACAGCAGAACAGGGUGGAACAAGUCCAGGCCGACGGGCAAGCCCAGCAGCCAGAGCAACAGGAAGCAGAAGUCCAGGCAGACGUCCCGGCAGCUCAAGGCGGGGUCGGUCCCGAACCCCAGCCCGAGCAACAACAGGCAGCGCUAGUGGUUGGGCAGGCGGAUGAGGCCCAGGCCCCGGCCCCGGACGUGGCGGCCUUGAUAAGAGAAAUGCAAGAGCUGAAGAAGCAGGUAGGGGCGCUGAAGAGCGGGAGGGCGGCUGACGACAUAAAGGAGGAGCUGGUCCAGUACGCCGGCAGGCCGGAGGCGGCAUUUGAUGCGCAUCGUGCCCUGGCGUUAGUGGAGGCUCUCGUCUCACAAGCUAGAAAGGAGGGGCAUGCCAAAGCAAAAGAAUACUCGAUUAUUCUGGACCAAAUCUCACCGUUGGUAUCAGAACCUUUCUUUAGGCAUCUCAUAGUAAACCAGUUUGGAUGUGGCAUAGUAAAACAGGUAGCGCGAGAUAUCGCGCAAUUUGUAAAGUGCCAGGGUAACCUCUCGAAGGGGUCUGCAGCCUCUAAGGGGAAACAACCUAGGGCUGGCCCCUAUAGCGCUAAAGGUAAAGGUGCCAAGAGCCCGCGAACCGCACGACCAGGAGAUAAGUGUUUCAACUGUGACAAGUUGGGUCAUUUUGCAAGAGAUUGUAAGUCAGAGAAAAAGAGUUAAUCGGAAGCCGUGUGACGAUUGUAUGUGUCGUACACUUGUGUUUUCUUUUUGUUUUGUACAAUUUGUGCGGAGUUGUAACACAGCUUUCCGGAUAAGUUGCAAGUGAAUAUGUUGUACAAUCUGUGUGGAUUUGUAACGACUCAGCUUUCACGAUAACUUGCAAGUGAAUAUGUUGUACAAUUUGUGUGGAUUUGUAACGACACAGCUUUCCUGAUAAUCUGCAAGUGAAUAUGUUGUACAAUUUGUGCGGAUCUGUAACGACACAGCUUUCCUGAUAAUGUGUAAGUGAAUAUGUUGUACAAUUUGUGCGGAUUUGUAACGACUCAGCUUUCCUGAUAAUCUGCAAGUGAAUAUGUUGUACAAUUUGUGCGGAUUUGU